UUUUAAGUUUUUGUUUUAUGGAAGCAGAGCUUGAACCACCAACUCCUUAUUCAGCAAGAUUAUCAGAAAUUUCUUUGUCUGACAGCAAAAUUGAUGAUUAUCAUUAAGUAAAUAGAAUAGAAAGUAACAAUGACUUUGCUUCAUAUUUUGCAUUGACAAGAUUAACUAAAAAAAUUUAAGGUAGAAAUUAAAAAAUAAUUUAAGAUUCCUAUAUAAUGAGCAAUGAUCCAAAAGCAUAAUAUGUUAAAAAAAUAUAUUCAAAACUUAAAUGGAUACGAAAAUUAUGUGUAGCAAUAUACAUUUUGAUGACGAUUUUUUAGAAACCUAUUUGGUGUAACCCAAGAUAGUAUUCUGUAUUAUAUUUAUUUGAAAUAGAAUGAUUGUUAAUAUAAUUUUGAAUAAGAUUAUGGGAUACCAUCCUUUUUAACUUUUUAUAUACCUGUAUUGUGUUAUUAUAUAAUUGAAAUAAUUUUGAUAUUACUUAUGUUUUCAUUCAAGGCUGCAAAAUACUAUUAGCUUUAACUUAUACCACUAGAAAGAAAAGUUGUAGCAUAUUGCUUUGUAGGAAUUGGUGUUUUAAUAAUAAUAAAUGAUAUCGUUGUAAUGUCUUUUGACAAUGAUUAUUCAUAUAAUAUUUCAACUUUACUUAAACCUAUUUUUUUGAUCUUUUACAGGUACAUAAAAAUUGUAAUAUUUUUAAAGUUAGUAUUUUUUGGGAAUCAUUGAAGAUUAUGCAUUAAUUAUUUAUAAAGGAAAAGAGAUUUAUUUUAUGCUGAUAUUUUCUUAUGUAUUUUUUGUUGGUUUGGGAACAGCUAUUUUUAGAAAUUAAUCAGAUAUGUCAGAUAUUAUAUAAGAUGAAGGUAUUUGUGAUUAUACUGGCCUUCCUUUUAGUUAAAAGAAUUAUUGCACAUUUCUUAUUAUGUUUUAAUUAUAAACUACUGUAAAUUCACCAGAUAUUUAUUUACCUUAUUAUGGAAAAGUAAGUCUGGCAGUAGUUUAUUUCAUUUUAUAUUAAUUUAUAAAUACAGUUUUAAUAAUUAAUCUUAUCCUUUCUUUAUUCUAUUCAUAAUACAAAAAAUUAGUAGAGGAAAGAACUAUAAUGCUACUUGAAAAACAUCGAAAUAAAAUAAAUUAGUUUACUAAUAAAGCAUUAUAAAAAUAAAGAUAAAAUUCAAUUAAUAGUAUAUCUAAUAGUAAAUAGUAAUAAAAUAGAACAAAUACACAGAUAAUGAUCAAAAGUAUUUUAGAUAAUUGGUUAUUUAAGUCAAUUAUGUAAAUAUUGUGUAUAGCAGAUUUUUGUUUUAUUUUUUAGGAUAAUACUGAUAGAGAUAUAUAAGUUGUUAAUUUAAGUUUAAAUGCAGUAAUGUUAAUUGAAUCUAUUAUUAUUGCCAUUUUAAGAGGUUUAAGUAGAAUAUAAAAUUAUCCAAGUGUAAUAUUUGAUUUUAUAAUCUCUUUGAUUUUGGUGAUUCUUAUUCUUGCAAUCAUGACAGUUUAAAAAGACAGUCCAACUUAAGAUAUAUUAAUUAGGAUAUGCUGUUCUAUAAUGAGUUUAAGACUCUUUAGAGGAUGCUCUUGGUUAUUAAAAUCUAAAAACUUUGAAAAUAUCUUAUUUAAAAUAUUCUCUAUAUCUUCCUAUCUACUAUAACUAUUUGGAACAUUAAUUAUUUCAAUAACUAUUUUUAAUGCUAUUGGAUAAUUAAUAUUUGGAGGAAAGAUUAAUUAUAAUAGAUAACAUAUGAAUAAUUACUAAUGGGUUAACUUUAAUGAUUUUUUAUCUGGAUUUUGUACUUGCUGGUUUUUAUUAAUUGUAAACAAUUGGAAUUAGAUGUCAUACGAUUUUUCAUUAAGUCUUGAAAGUGAUUCUAUUUAUAUAUUUUUUGUCCUCUAUUACAUAAUUGUAUUUCUAUUAGCAUAAAGUGUUACUAUAGCAUUGUUAAUAGAAUAUUUGGUUACUCAUGUCAAAGAUUUAGGUUAAGUAUAAGAGGAUGAAACAUAAUCAGAAAUACCACUUAAAGAAGAUAAUCAAAAUGAGUUAUAUGUACCAUUACAAAAUAACUAAAAGGCUUAAUGA